GACGGCGAUUCUAUUUUGUGAUAGAUGCCCUAUUACUCCAUGAAAGCAUUGUGCGUGCUGCGUGCUUCACUUGCCCGUAACUGUAGUUGAUUUUAAAUCUUGCCACUAUGCUCCUACAUAUAUCGAUAUUACGUCAUUGGAAGCAGCAUUGCAUAUUUCACCUUAGCAAGCUUUCAUUUGGAGCAUUUCCGUAGCAUGCAUAUUUCUUUUAAGAUACUGAAAAGAGCUUCAAUAAGUAAACGUCCUGAAAGCGCUUUCUGUCGUGUUUACUUCUUCAGAGGCUGUAUUCAAGUGAAAUCAAGCAAGCCAGUGAACUACCCCCACAAUUUGUAGCUGCGUGCGACUCCUUGAUCGCGCAACCUGCUCGGACUCAAAAUACCCGCUCUCGAUAAUCUAACCGUCAACGGCGCUGGAAAAAUUCCUGCAAUAUUUUAAUAAAGCAAAGAUUUCUUUAAUUGUAUAAUAACUGCCAAAUUUUAUACAAUCAUACAUUUGAAUGGAUUUAACAUUUGUCGAGGAUUUGUGAUAAACUUUGGUCUGGAUUGAAGCGUUGCCGAUGCUGAACUGUUUAUUGGUGUAAUGGAUAUUUACUUGCAUUGAUGAUAACUUGCGUUAAUUACUCGGUGGUCUGUUGAUAGUAUGUGGCCUAAGUUGGAAUUUUCUGGAAAGAUACACAUGUUCUCUUUAAAAAAUUGCAAAGGAAGAUAAUGGUUAAAUUGCAUAAAAGGCCAUUACUUGUCUCUCCGACAUGAAAAAUUGCAAGAUUUUUAUUUUUGGCGUUCUAUUUAGUCUGUUUCAGGCUGUUAAAGGCUACCGUUAUGUGGUUUCCACGUACACCGGAAAUCGCUUUGGCGCUGGAACAGAUGCUCGUGUUUUUAUCAGCCUGUUUGGAAGUAAAGGAGCUAUUGAGGAGAGGGAAUUAGAAUCGUCUGGCAGGGACAAUUUUGAACGAGGACAAAUCGAUACAUUUGUGCUGGACGCAAAGAAGGAUCUAGGCCGGGUUAAACGUGCAAAGAUUAGUCACGACAAUAGCUGGCUAGGCCCCGGCUGGUUUUUGGAAAAGGUAACAGUGACAAGUGAAGACGGGGAUUAUUAUGAGUUCCCUUGCAAUAAAUGGCUUGACAAACGCAUUGACGAUGGCAAGACAUCCAGGGAUCUUAUUCCUAGACUACAGAAAAAAGACAAGAUUGAGCCAGUAGCUAGACAACCAUUAGAAUGUUCCUGGCCUAUGGGCAUUAGUAGCUACAAAAUAGCGGAUUCUCAGCUGUCAGCCUCGACUUCAUUCAACGAUUUGCAUUUACCAUUUCACGCACGCUUAGGAAUGAUCGUUAGUGGAUCAUUAGGAGGCUGGUGCCCAUAUACUGAUAGUGGGAAAGAGUACAUAGAGAUCGAUUUGCUUGCCCUGAAGAAAGUCACUGGAAUCGCUACUGAAGGUAUGGGCUUAGUCGAUGAGUGGAGCACUGCAUAUCGUGUCUCAUAUUCAAAUGACACAUCUGCAGAAUUCAAAUUCUUGAAAGAUACCUCAAAUGAAGUUACGGAUUUUAUCGGGAAUGAUGACCAAAAUGGCACAGUUCAGCAUUGGUUUUUUCGUCCAUUUAUUGGACGAUUUGUAAGGGUGACACCGACAGAAUGGCACGGAAAAGGCUGUCUCAGAUUAGAACUAUAUGGAUGUGAUGGGCCUAAUCUUGAGAACUCAGAUACCAGUGGAACACUUCAAGUAACGUCCACUCAGCCGAAGGAGAAUCCUGCAAAGCAAGAAACUACAAAAAAGAAGACUGAAGAUGUACCAGGGUCUGCUCGAGCUUUGUCCACUGCUCUGGAGCAGAAGAUGGCAGGAGAAACAGCUACCAUGGAUAUCGUCCCCAUAAUUCAUCUGGACUUUGAUGAGAUACGUGAGACAGUGAUCCCUGAUGUCAGCGGUCAUCAUAAUGACGCCCAUCUUCGAAGGCCUGCAGAAAUCGUCACUUUCAGUAGAUCUUGCCAAAGAGGCUUGAAACUAAAUGGAGGCGAUGUUUAUUUUGAUGGCGAAUUUCUCGUUGACAAGCCUAAAGAAGAAAUAACAGUUGCUGCUUGGAUAAAAUUGUUUAGUAAUGGCGGACAGCAUUCAAUAUUCGACACUGUUGGUGGCAAAACAUCUAAGCAUAGGGAAGGGCAGUACCAUUUCGAAGUCGAUCGUGGACACCUAAGAUGGUUUCACCGAAAUGAAGAUGGAACAACUAUUUUCAAUGUAUCUACCGGCCUUAUGGUUCCUGCUCAUAUUUGGACACAUUGCGCAGCUUCGUAUGACGUCGUAUCAGGAAGGGUAGCCGUAUUCGUCAAUGGAAAACUUGGAGCACAGGGUUACGGGAUAGGCGAUUUAUCUCAAGACUGGAGUGGUAGGGCUGGCAUUGGAAAGCACAAAAAUCAGAGAAUUAUAAAUGGAGAAAUCGAUGAAUUUUAUAUUUUCAAUCGAGCAUUAUCACCAACUAAAAUAGAAUUAUUGAUGAAACGAUGCAGCUUUGAAACAGAUUGUCAGCAGCCACUUGGAAUGCAAUCAAAAGCCAUACAGGACUCUCAGAUAACAGCAAGCUCAACAUACAACCUCCACAAACCCUUUUAUGGAAGAAUCAAUCUUGCCUCCUUCUGGGGAGACCCUGCACGUACCGCCUGGUGUGCUAAUAAGGAAGAUAAAAAUCCAUAUUUGGAAAUUGAUCUAGGCGAGGUCAAAUCACUAACUGGCGUAGCGUCUCAGGGACUGUCUAUAUUUGACAAUUGGGUUACUUCCUACCUGCUCUGUUAUAGCAAUAAUAAAGCUGCAUGGAAUUGUUACAAAGAGAGAGGUUAUGAUAAGGUAUUUGAAGGCAACACGGAUAAAAACACUGUGAAGAGACAUUACCUUCAUCACACAGUAAAUGGAAGAUACGUUCGUAUAAGACCACAGUCUUGGUAUGGGAACCAUCUUUGCAUGCGGGCAGAAAUUUAUGGAUGUACUAUGGAUUUAGAGCCUGAUCCUUUCGAUUCAUUUGGCAACAUACCAAAUUUAAUCGAGGAAUCUGAAUCUCAAACAAGAGGAGAGAUUUCACAAAAAGGUUCCUGCAAUUUCCCUCUUGGAAUUUCGAACGGGGAAGUCGAUGAUAACCAUUUAUCUGCUUCUUCGAGUCUUAGCGAUUCAAAUCAGCCAUAUUACGCUAGACUCGUUCGUGAUUCAAUGGAUGCAGCAGACAUUCGAGGCUGCUGGUGUGCACGUGACAUAUCUUUACGGCAGUUCAUUGAAGCUGAUCUUGGUGAGACGAAAACAAUUGUUGGUGUGGCUUCGCAAGGAUAUGUGGCGCAUGAUAACUGGGUGGCAAGCUAUAGGCUUGGAUACAGAGACGAAAAUGGGCCACAACGAUGGUACCAGGAGGAUCAUGAUGAGAAGCUGUUUAUGGCAAAUAAUGAUCGAGCCAACAUCGUAAAACAUUACUUAAAGGAACCAAUAAAAGCACGUUAUGUGCGAAUAAACCCAAGAGCUUGGCAUGGUAUUCAUAUUUGCAUGAGAUUCGAAGUUUUUGGUUGUCAAGAAGGAACACAUCAGAAACAUCAUCAUGCUGAACACCACGAGCCUAAACCUAAAGAGAAGGAGAAAUCACAUAAAUCCGAGCAUCACAAAUCGAAAAGUGAGCAUGAUCACGCAAAGCAGACAUUGAAACUUUUGAAGGAACGCCAACAUACUCCUAUUGCUUUACGCCUCAAACAACAAGUACAGCAACAUACCGGCAACCAAAAACACAUAUUACCGGUUGUGCCAAACAAGGUACCGGUUAAGUCCAGACCGGCUGCUUUGAAUCCACUUGCGAAGUCCACCAGACAGCACCCGCCCAUGAAAGCUGGUAUUGUUAAUAGGCCUAAGCCUAGGAUUCGAAUUGUUUAUGUACCAACAAACCAAUCCGCCGAAUCCCUUAUUCGCCAAGGACCCCUGAACCCAUUUUACAAGAAACCUAUCGGUAAAACGCCGUUUAUUGGUGCAAUGAAAAGUAGUCCGACCGCAAUAAAGCAACGUCCGGUAGUUAGUAAUCAACCUGCACAACCUCCAAGAGCUAAGGCCAAUGUGCAUCAAACCGCUCCGUUGGCGCAAAGGCCGUUUGCGAAACCAGUUGAUACCGCGAGGAUAUUCAAGCUAUAUCCACAGUUACGUGCAAGCGGAGUAACGGAUGAGAUUUUAAAGGAUUUAUAUUCCAAAGUCCCAAACUUGGAAGACCGUAUCCAAGCACACUUCAAUUCGCACAAGAUCAAACCGGCUUUGUACGCAAAUUCGGUUCAUCACGAUCUUGCAGCAUCAAAUGUAGCAUUUAUGAAAAAUUACCAUGAUGCAUUGCAAAGUCAGCAAUUCGAAGGUUUCUUACAAAAUAAAAAUAAAUUUGAGAGCAAUUCUGGUAGACCUGGAAUGAACGUGCAAGAUGUUGCCGAUCUUUCUUCUUUAACCAAAGGUGUUAAAAAUCCGAAUAACGCUGGAACAAUAGCAGCCAAUCGUAUGGAAACCCUUGCUUUGCAGAAUUUUCAGAAUAACUUCUUUAAGCAAAAUUCGGGUAGCAAAAAUCCGAAUCAACAGGCCUCUGGUUAUCUUUCAAAUUCAGGAGGGCCAUCAUCAAUGAGUUUACAGAGAUUCAGGCCGGAAAAUGUACCGGAAAAUUCCUACAAAACCGGAAAUUUUGAAAAACAGACAAGUCAACCGGGUAUAGUUUUCUUACCCGGAGAGCAAUUAACAGCAUACGGUUAUAAUAAGAGUAUGUCCAGAGGUAUCUUACCGCAACCGAUAAAAUACCCGUGGCAAUCAGACUUACAGACGAACCGUUUAAGUGCCUUUUACUCAAAUAACCGUUAUGUGAAUACAUGGACCGCGUUUACAACAUGCAGCUCGACCUGUGGUAGAGGUAUGAAGAAACGAUACCGGAAAUGUGGAAUUCCGGAUUGUCCAUCCGGUGGUGUAGAGAUAGAGACUGUACCCUGUGUUACCAGGCCUUGUGCAGAUGCUGCACAGUACACAUGGUCGUCCUACUCGCCCUGCAGUGUUUCUUGUGGCGGGGGUAUAAGCACAAGGUCAAGAGUAUGCACCACAGCUAACUGUGGUCCUGAUGGCAAAGAAACUGAAACGAUGCCUUGCUACAAGCCAGCUUGCCCAAUAUGCCUACUUGAUUUUGAAGUUGUUGAAGGGAAGGUCAUUGUCGAUCAAUCCGGGAAAGGAAAUAACGCUUACCUCGAUAAAUCUGCGGUUAUUCGCACCCACGAUCAAAUGUGCGGGCAUUACGCAGAUCUCUCUGGGGAUGGUGAUAUCAUUCUUGUGGAUCAGACGUUCCGCGGGAAACCGCAGACUGGAAUAACAAUCGCUUGCUGGAUGAAUCUGCAAGGAAAUGUCAAUGAAAAGCAUUCUCUGUUUAGUACAGUUAGAAUGAUCACUCCUGUCACUUUUAUCGGUGGCUACCAUUUUGAAAUUGAUGAUGGCAAAGUGCGUUGGUUCCAUCGAGAUGAAAGUGAGAAAACUGUGUUCAGCUUGAUUUCACAGCCUGUGGUCGAGCCAAAAGUUUGGAUGCAUUUUGCAGCUACUUACGAUGCAUACAAAUCUUCAGCAAAGGUCUUUGUUGAUGGUAAGGAAGUCGGCUCCGUUCGUGGGGAUGGGCUUUUAUCACAAGAUUGGGGAUAUAAAGCUGCAAUUGGACACUACGAUUUCGAUGAUCGAAAACUCGAUGGAUGGCUCGACGAGUUCAUGAUUUUCGAUUACGCUUUGAGUGAUCAGCAAGUUUUUGAGCUGAUUGGAAAACUAAGGUGUUCUGCAAACAAAACUACAACUGAAAUAAAUGCUUUUAAAUACCAAGGCAUCAAUCUAAAAAGAAGUUUAAGGGAAGAUAGGAGGAAUUUUGAAAUUAAAGUAAAGAAGUAUGAAAUUGACAGAGAUAAAGUAACAUAUACUUGGUAACAGCGCGUUUUAAUCCUAGUUUAUUUUGUAAAUAGUAGAGUUUUUGUCAACAUAACAUCAGUAAUCUGAAAUUUAAUCUACUUUUUAGCUGUAAAAAUCCUGUCCCGUUUUCAAUGUGUUUGCACAGACUUGUAAUUUCUCCAGUUACUGUUGUCUCAUAAAUUUAAAUGAUUUUAUUAAAAUUGGAAAUGGUAAAAGAAUUAGAUAAAUAAAAUAGGCUUGUAGUGAAAGGUAUUUAUGAUGAAAAGGAAACUUUGCAAUUUUUCCAAAACAUUUUUGGGUCUUAUCACGAGUCUAAAAGAAAUUAAAUGCAAUCUUUGGUACCAUUCAACAUUUCGCAAUACGGUGUAAAUUAAGUGCUUAAAUUGUAAAAAUAUUGGACGAUGAUAAAGCUCGUUGAAAAAUAAGCUUCAACUGUGCGAUUUAUGAAAUGCGGUAAAAUUUCCUAGAAUCAAAAUUCGAGUUCACACUCAUAAUUUGUCAAGAUUUAAGAUUCGAGUUUAUGCUCGUUUAAAAUUAGGCUUCAACCGGGCGUUUUAAAUAAUGAAUUCGUCACCCUCAUAAUUAAACCAAGAGCAAAACUUUUCCAGGAAACGCCCUGAAUAGGCAAUGCUGAGAUCUUUAUUGAUUAAAUGUUAUGUGACUUUGACAGGCGACUAAACUGUAAAAACUUGACUCUGUCUAACGCAGAGUUAUACUUUCAACAUACUAUUAUUCACAAAUUUUUCUAAGUCGUUAAUAUAUAGCGCAUUGAAUGGUUUUAGAGAAGAACUUGCCAUCCAUUUCACAAUGGGUUAAUUUUGUGUGCAGUCCAUCCCUCCCAUCAAAGGAUGCCCUAGCUAAGUUUACUCUUGGAAAACAGAAAAUGUAAGAGGGACGUUGCAAGACUUUUAGUAGUCUUUCUGGUCUGCAUUUGCUUUCAUUUCACUUCCUUGACUUUUCUUUCCCGUCUUCCCAAAAACUAUUUUCCCAAAGCUGUUUAACCUAUUUAAUUAUUUGAGUACUAUUUUGAAUGACUUGCCAUGAUAUUUUGCGUGUAAAACAAUGCAUAUGUGUAUCAAAUGGUUAUCAAAUCAGAGAAAAUCAUGUUAUUAUUUAUACAUUUGUUUCACGGCAAAAUCAGAACGGAAACGUAAAGUAAAUAUAAAAUACACGUGACUCAGUAUAAACGUUACAUAAUUUAGAACAGUAAAGUUUACGAGCGACCCAGCCCCACAUAGAGAGGAAUAACUUUGGGCCCGUAAGCGAUAAGGGACCCCCUUAUAAUUAAACUGCCUCCAUUAAAUUUGAAUUUUAAUAGCAGAUAACUACAUAGCUGUAUUUAAAUUUAACAAUGUUUUACGAAUAUAAAUGAAAAGUAAAUAAAGAAAGCUUCUUGUUUUUAAAUCCGUUUUAAACACAUUUUAGUUUUAUUGCUUUUGGUAAGGGGCUCUAGUAUUGGAUCCGCCUCUUGGCCUGGUGUUGCUCUCGACACCCCUGCAUAGCCGUUCCAUUUCUAUUAUUUUCAAUGAUGUUCCCGAGCAACUUUCAAUAACAUUUCCGUCCGAAUGCUUCUAUCUUCUUCUCUAUCGUCUCUGUUAAUGUUUGAAAAAUUAAGAAUA